UCUGAGACAGUCUGUGCAGUAGAAAGGUUGUAGAAACUUGUGUUAGGGACUUCUUUCUGCAGACAUAACAGCAAUACAGACUUCCCAUAGAAAAAGCACUGGAUACACCGCGUCGAUAUCUUUAUUUUGCAUAAAUAUUAUGCAUCGUGGUAGAUGUGGAUUCCAGUCCUGGAUUACUUUAAGCGAACCAGUUUUGAUUUUAACGAAUCGGUAAUUUCACUUUUUUUAUUGUCAUUUCUUCUGCGGAUCCUACAGGACUGGAUUUUAGCCAGCUCUCGGGUAUGUUUGUAACAGCUGACAGGUGAUUGCCCUGCAGAAAGUGUUGUUUUUACUAAUUGCUAUUUUUUGACGGACACUGUGUACUACUGACUUUCCCAUCGAGGGGUGACCCACAAUCGCAUGCUUCCGAUGAUCGGCUCGGACUUUUAAAAGUUCUGCAUUUACGUAUAUUUUGCUUGAUUAACGGAGGCGAAGACGGAUAAAAGUAAUAAGCUAACGAAAGGGGGAGAAAAACAAGGCGAAGAAAACUUGCAAAAACCCAAGAGCCCUAAAGCAGACACCCCAAGCCCGCUGCUGAGUUUAAGCGAGGACAAGACAGGUUUGUGUUUCUGAAUGUAACAUCUUCAAGUUUCAGCCGCUCUGCCCGACGGACCAAAGUGUGCAUUUGACACGGGAUAAGUUGUCAACAAGAGGCGCGGAGGCAAACUGGCAGGUGCUCACCUUCGGUUACAUGCAUACAUAUAUUCGCGACACUAUAAAUAGAAAUUGUUUUAAGGGUUGACGAGUUAUCUGCGCACGGCCCCGGGUGCGUGUGCGCGCGCUUGUGCGCCUCUUUAGACCAACUCCGCGGUGUGUGUGCAAGGGCUGCACAGUGCGGUCCUCCACCACACCGUCCGCUUUGGCUGUGAGAGCCGCUGGAAUCGCAUGGACUGACAUGGCCACUGACCUCGCCAUGAGCGCCGAGCUGCCCAACAGUCCCCUGGCCAUCGAGUACGUCAACGACUUCGACCUCAUGAAAUUCGAGGUGAAGAAGGAGCCCCCCGAGGCGGAGCGGUACUGCCACCGCCUGCCACCUGGCUCCCUCUCCUCCACCCCACUUAGCACCCCAUGUUCCUCCGUGCCUUCCUCGCCCAGUUUCUGCGCUCCGAGCCCCGGGGCACAGAGUGUCCAGAAUCCCGGUAACAGCCUCAACGGCAACAACAACAACAGCAGCAACAACAGCAACCAAAACUCCACGGGAAAGCCCCAACUAGAAGACCUUUAUUGGAUCCCCAACUACCAGCACCAUCUGAACCCAGAAGCCCUGAACCUAACGCCCGAGGACGCUGUGGAGGCCCUCAUAGGCAACGCGCAUCACCAUCAUCACCACCACCACCAACCAUACGAGGGCUUCCGAGCGCAGCAGUUUGCGGGGGAAGACCUCUCAGUGGCAUCUAAUGGUCAUCACCAUCACCAAGUCCACCAUCACCACCACCAUCACUCUCAUCACGUCCGCCUGGAGGACCGCUUCACGGACGAGCAGCUGGUGGGCAUGACCGUGCGGGAACUGAACCGGCAGCUGCGCGGCUUCAGCAAGGAGGAGGUCAUCCGUCUCAAGCAAAAGCGCCGGACCCUGAAGAACCGGGGCUACGCGCAAUCCUGCCGCUACAAGCGGGUGCAGCAGCGGCACAUGCUGGAGAGCGAGAAGUGCACCCUGCAGAACCAAGUGGAGCAGCUGAAGCAGGACGUGGCGCGCCUGGCGAAAGAGAGGGACCUUUAUAAGGAGAAGUACGAGAAGCUAGCUAGCCGGACCUUCAACGUAAAUAACAGGGACCCCUCCAGCGGCAACCACGGCAAGCCCCCGGCAAAUGAGUUCUUUAUGUGAGAGACUGUACAAAAGCACCGAUCUCAGUCGUUUAUUGACUUUUUUGUUUAGACAUUAAUUUAAAGAGACUUUAUAUGUAAAAUUGAACUGUGUAAAUUAAUUUUAUAUAUGCGCACAUUGCGUGCGCUCCUUACACACGUGCGCAUGUAUGUUCUGUACAAGUAUGAAGAAGAUGCUGUGAGUCACGAACGGAAAAAAGACUUGGCAGCUGAAGGGGAUUAUCGUCCUAAUUACACCUUAAUUACUAAUUUAGAAGUUCUGAUGCAAUAGCUACAGCUUUUUAAAAAUAAUUUUUCAAAGUCUUGUGAAGAAUAGCCAAAAUAAUUUGCGUAUAGAUUAUGACCCGAGUGGCAAAUGUAAAAUCUUUUCCAGUCUUAAUUUCUCCAUUAGAAUUAUUAUUUUAAGCCAUUAUAAUAAACUUAUUCAAGUAAGAUGUUAAGGGAAAUAACGGAUGAUAAACCUUUUCUCCAUUCCGGACUUCUAGAAGGAAAAGCAAGAAAAAACAACGGAAAAAAGCAAUACAUGUUUACAGUCGUCCGAAGCAGUUUUAGAGGACUGUCAACAUGGAGCAGCGUGCACUUUGCGUGAUGUGUCUUGGACGUUGCAGAUCGACGCAAAUCUGCGCACUUUCAACAACCCUGCAUGCGGGACAUGUAUGGUUUUAAAUAUUUCAAAGCCUUUCACUUGUCCCCCAGUUCGUCUGGAUGGGAAGCAUGAACCACGGUUCUUUUUUUCUCUCUUCAGCAUUAUUAGUCUCGCCUAACGUACCCACAAGCGCGGAAUGAUGUACUGUCUUGAAGAAAUGCGACUAACUGUAAAUUACGAGACGUGCUGCGUUAUUUCAGUUGUUUCUGUUGUUUGAAAGAAAACAUGACAAACUGAGCCAGAUUUUAGGGUAAUUUAUUUCCACUUGUAAACAUAUCUAGCGUAUUGUUAGAGUGUUAUUUCAAAAACUUUUUUCUUAAUUGCUUGACUUCAAAACGUCUUAAUACAAUGUUUGUAUGUAACAGCAUGCAAAUACUCUGCGAUAAUCUCAUUCUAUUUAUUAUGUGCAAUUAACGAAACUUAAGCACUAUAUCCAAAAUUAUUGUUAAAACAUGUUUUAUAUUAAACGGAUCUGUCGUUCCAUUGUUGUUAUACAAAAAGGUGUAACAUAAUUAUGACAUAUAAUUAAUGUAGAUAGUAAAAAGUCUGCAACUGCUGCUAAUUCCCUAUGCACCAACUAUAUUUAAACAGAUUUUUUUACUUUUAAAAAGUGUAUUAUACGACACGGACGCUCUCCUGGAAACGGCUGCUUUGGCGAGGUCCGCGGCCGUGCUUGGAAAAAAUAUAUCUUCCAGAACUAAGUCUUAAAACGGUGCUCAAAGUGCUUGUUAGAAAUUGACAUGUCUUUCCCUAAAGUAACACCUUCUGCAAUGGAAUGGAAGUAAAUUCAGUCUAAAUAUUUCAAGGACGAACGUUAUGCUCUUUCUGCUGCAAACAUGUAGUGCAAUAUUGUAUAUAGGUAUGAAAUUACUUGUGUAUGCCGAACAAUAUCAUAUCAUAGCUAUGUUUCAUAUUUUGAAAACCUGACAUUUGGCGUCAGAUGCAAAAACAACUUUAAAAACUAAUUUCAAACUGUUUUACGCUUUGUUUUCUAUCCAAAAUUGUUUAUUAUUUUAGUCAAAGUUUCCGAGAUGUCAUUAUGAUUCAACGUGAAAAUACCAAUCAGUGUCCAAGAAUAGCCAAGUCACCGUUUGCUAUUUUGUGCCAGAAACAAUCUUACACUUCUGAUGAACCUUCAUACUUAAAAUACUAAAACGAACCUUCAUGCUUAAAAGUAGCCAUAAAGUUUAUGCCAUUUUAUGUUUUAAAAUAUUGUCAUUCAACCGCCAUUCUCUAUUCAUUUGAAGGUGGCAUAAUCUUUUUCGAAAAUGAAUUUAAGAUUUCUGUAAGAUACCUUUAACAUUAAAUCAUACAAAUCAAAGCCUAUCUUGAACAAACGCUAUGCGAUUGAUGUAUAUACGUCGGUACAUGCGAAAUAUGCAUAUAGACUUGUACAUGGUCCGGAGUGUGAGCGAAUCCAGCUAUUAUGUUUCGAAAAGGAAUGUUGGAACUUCUUUUCAUAAUGUUUAAUAAAAAGUUAUGAUCA